AAGAAGGCGGGGUGAAACGAGGGGGGGGGAGGGUGCCUCUGGGAAAGUAAAGGACGGCGCCUGCGCAGUGGUUGUAAUCCGGGCACUUGGGGCAGGAUGAACGCUGCUUUCCAAGAUGGCGACGGAGGGAGGAGGGAAGGAGAUGAACGAGAUUAAGACCCAGUUCACCACCCGGGAAGGUCUUUACAAGCUGCUGCCUCAUUCGGAGUACAGCCGGCCCAACCGGGUGCCCUUCAACUCGCAGGGGUCCAACCCCGUGCGCGUCUCCUUCGUCAACCUUAACGACCAGUCUGGCAACGGCGACCGCCUCUGCUUCAAUGUGGGCCGGGAGCUCUACUUCUACAUCUACAAGGGGGUCCGCAAGGCUGCUGACUUGAGUAAACCAAUAGAUAAAAGGAUAUACAAAGGAACACAGCCUACGUGUCAUGACUUCAACCAUCUAACAGCCACAGCAGAAAGUGUCUCUCUACUGGUGGGCUUUUCUGCAGGCCAAGUGCAGCUCAUAGACCCAAUCAAAAAAGAAACUAGCAAACUAUUUAAUGAGGAAUUUCACUGCCAAAUGAAAAAGUAAGGUAAGCUUGAGUGAUGAAAAAAACCAGGAACCUCGUGUUUUCUAUUUCCUGUUUCUGACACAUGAGAUGUGCACUGGCGAAGUCACUUAAUUAAAUCAUGUUUUUUAUUGCUUCUCUGGGGGAAUAAUAGGAGAGACAGUGAUAAUACUCUUAUUUCAUACUCCUUAGAAGAAAAGUACAUUAUCAAUUAAGCUUUUUAAAAAAUCCUUGUAUAUUUAAAUAUUUAAUAUGAAAACAAUAAACAUAUUAAUACACAUACAUUUAUUAUCCAGAAUAUAUAUUCUAUUUCCCCAAAAAAGUAAAACACACACACACGUUUUAGGAAAAAACACUUUCUUGUUUAGGAGAAAGAUUCCAAUAAAAAUAGCACUUUCAGUACUUUUUCUGUACAGUUUUUGUGGUACCUGGUAUUCACCAAUAUUACAAUCCUAAUUCUAUACUUCUUAUAUCCAUUAAUUAGCAAUAAAGGUCAAUCUUUAGAUAGAGAUAAAAAUUUUUUUGUAGAGUGGCUCAACCUGACUCAGUUAAGAAAGCCUCAUUGCCUGUGAAGAAAACAUUGAAUUAAAGAAACAGACUUUCUAGAAAUGUGUAAAAUAUAUUCAGUGGAGACAUGACAAGUAUCAUUUCAAAAGCAUCUUUGAGUUGUAAUAGAUUGUUUUGAAUUUUAAAUGAUUUCAUAGCAAUAAGUAGAGUCAUUAAGUACAACAGUGAGUAGAAAGAAACUGUAAAACUUCUUGAUAAGUCUUAUCUGGUGGUUGCUUCCUCGGUGAAUUAAAGAGUUUCUUAUUUUACCCUUAGAGAAAAAUAAAGGAUCUGUAUAGUUAGGGAUAAAGGUGCAGAGAGUUUUGAAGGGCAAAGAGAUUAGAUGAGUUUGGGUACAGUGACAUAUCCUUAAGAAUAGGUCUUUAUCAAGUAGACCCUUCUCUAGUCUAGAGUUGUUACUAAAUUUCAAUAUUUAUGCAUGUAAUUUUAUAAAUGUAUUGCUAACAUUUUAUUUCACAAAGCACCUAUUUGAACUGGACGUGUAGAAAAAUCCUAGAUAAGGACUUCAAACAAUAGGUCCAAAUUUGGAUAAGAAAACUCCUCAUCUAUCAGUGCAGUUUAUUUACCUUCACUGCAAUUUAUAGUUUUAGAAAAUUGCCUGUAGUCCGUAGAGUUUAGGUGAUUUUUUUCAAGUCUUAUUCCAAGGCUAGUUCUCUCCACUAUACCCUGCUGCCUCUACUUGAGACGUGACUCUUCAAAAUUCCAGGUCUUUCCCUAUAACAAUGCCAGUUUGAGAGUUAUAACUUAAGAUGAAAUAUUUUAUUUAGCUUUUAUUACUAUGAGUUACAGAAUCAGCAAGGUGUUUCAAGAUUGCUAAAAAAGUUCCUUUGCAUUUUCAUAUCAUAGAUUUUUGUAGCUAGAAGGGACCUCAGAAGUCAUCUAAUCCAACCCAAUUUAGAGCAGGGAGUCACUACCCAGGCAGUAAGUGGCAGAACCAGGAUUCAAACCCAAAACUUGUGACUCCAAAUCCAGGAAUUUAAAGGCUUUAUAUUUUUUUAAGGUGCUUUCAAGUGUACCUUAUUUGAUUUUCACAAGAAUCUUAUGAGGUUGGUAGGACAAACGUAUGUAUGUGUAUGUGCACAUUUGCACACAUACACAUUAUGCAGAUGAUGAAAUUGAAGCGAAAGCAAGGAAAUAUCUUUAAUUUAGAACUUCCUAGCCCAGUGGGAAAUAUAAAGCAGGACAGAAAAUGGACUUGUGUGCUAGAAGAGCAGAGCUUAGCUUGAAUGUUACCAUUUAUUAGUUCUACUUCUGAGUGCCUCUUAACUACAUUCAUUUUCUACCUUGCCUUAUUAAACCUAUUUACACUUGCCUGUCCACUUCCUUAACAGGCAUCCCUGACUAAACUUAUCACCUGCCUAAGUUGCCUAUUAGACCUUGCCUGGCAGGUCAUCUAGUCUUGACUCAUUCUGCCAAAAGUCCCAUUACCUAUUAAAGCUCCGAUAGAGUUAUUUAUUUUCCUUACAGUAGAAUUUCUUGCAUUUUAGAACAGGAAUGUUUACACAGUCUAUAUAGAAAAGAAUUUUGAUCAGAGGAAAAUAAUUUAUUUUACCCAUAGACUAGUGAACAUGUAACUGCUCUGUAAUAUUGGCUCAUGCUCUCCCAUCCACAGCCAGUAGAUGUCACCCUUAGGUUGAACAUCAGUCCUGACACCAUUCUAUCAGUAGGAUUUGGCUACAAGGUUUGAAACUUGCCAACAGUUUGCAUCAUUAAGCCAACAACCCAACUAGCAUAGUUCUAAACUUAGUGUCAAAAAUAAGUCACAGGGCAUUCAGUCUUUAACUAGAUGAACUUUUCGGUUCCCCUGUGUGUAUGUACAUUGUACAAUGUGUGUAAAUUUCACCAAAAGACAUCAGAAAGAAAACAUCUUCUCUAAGGCCCUGGUGGAAGAAUGUGGGCUCGUGAUAGUCCUGACCAAGGAAUUGAAGCAAAUCUCAGAAGUGUUCCUUUCAGAGUUCUCGCUUUUCAAGAAAAAAUGAAAAACUGACUUCCUUGCAAACCACCCUGGCCACAAACAUGGGGUUUUUGCUUAUGUCUCAUAGGAAUAGCCCUGCAAGGGAUGCAGCUUGGUUCCCUUAAAAUUUCCUCAACUUGUUUCUUGACUCUUCCAUUUAGCUGAAGACACACUUGAAAUUUUUUAUUAGAUGUUGACAAGUGGCAUAGUAGUAUCUCAAGAAUGACAUCUGCCUUAUAGUAUUACCCUCUAAUUAUUACCUUGGGCUUAUUCCCUGGGAAACUGAGCAGCAAGGUUUAACUCAAGAAUCCUCAAAUAAGAUAAACCUUUGGGGUCUUCCUUUCAGUUUUAAAAAUGAGAUGUUUUUCAUGAAGAUUUAAAAAAACUGAAAAGCAGCCAAAGAGAUGCAGUUUUUUUUCUUGUUUUUGUUUUUACUAUAGAGGAGGGGAAGGAGGUCAAAAUUUUUUUUUCUUCUAAAAUAAAAAUCAUUAAGCUGCUGGGGGAAAAAAUCCAUCACAGGACCUGCAGUCUUUCGUCAGGGGAACUUUUAGGCUCCCUUGUGUGUAUGGAUAAAUUUUAGAAUUCCAUUUAGGGACUUAGAUAUUAGAAUAUGAUCUAGAGUCAGGAUUUAGAUAAAUGUCAUUACACACACACACACACACACACACACACACACACACACACACACACACACACCCGCCUCCUAGAAAAGAGCUAAACAUUAUGACCUUAUCAGUCAUCAUCAUCAAAUUAUGACUUUCAGUUUUUAACUAAUGCCAAACCAAAGGAACUCCUAAGUAGUACUUGAUCCUUUCUCAGCAUAGAAAUUGUUAUAGUCUGUUUUGGAUAUUUCAAAAGUACCUGAGAAAUAGUGUGAUCUUAUAAUGAAUAGACCACUGUCUUCAGAAUAUGGAAGACCUGGAUUCAAUCUUACUUUCUGUGUACUAGUUAUCUGAUCCUGGGCAAGUCACUUAAUUUCUCUCAGGGAUUAUAAACUGCAGAGCGGGGGCCAAUUCAAAUUAGGUGAAGGAAUUUCCUUACUGUGAUUUUCCUAUGCCAAUGAAAUCACAGGCAUAAUCUCCCCCCCCCCCCCCAAUACUUAAUUUCUGUCUAUAAUUUUAUCAUAGUCUCAACCUCUGGAAAAAUAUCCAUUCAACUUGUUGUAACAGCACACUUCUAGAAAAGGAAGUGACAGUCUGUGCCCUAUGUUAUUACAGCCUUGAACAUGACUAAAUGAAUUUUACAUAAAAAAUGCUUUGGUAUACAGUUUGUAAACAGUUGCUGGGUACACUAUGUAAUGUGAUUCCUUAAAAAGAUUACCUUUGAAGGACAGCAGUUUGUGAUAAGUAUGUAUACUUUUAUAACUCAUUGUUGAGACAUUAUUUAACCUUUUACAACUGGCAUUUGUUUAUUUUGAGAUAAAAGCUAUAAUUAGCAAAAAAAUCCAAUAGUGGCUAAAAUCUCAAGCAACUGGCUUGGUAACUAUAAUAUUUUGUAAUAACUAUAAUUUAAAAUAUGAAAACACAGUAGCUAUAGCAUCUCAUAGUUAUUGUAUUUAUUCUAAUUAAUUUUUUAUUGAAGGUUCUUGUGGUUUAUUCCAUAUUUCCUAAUCUCUUCUAUCCACAAUUGACCAUUCUUUUAAUAACCAAAAAAACCUAUUAUAUUUUUAAUCUUAGAUUAAUUGUACAAAAAUUAGCAUAGGGAAGAACAAACUGCCACACUGGCAUAUAAAUUAACGAUUAAAAGAUCCUAGCAUAAUCUAUGUGAUCUAUUGGGAGGGGGAAUAGAUCUAUUUCCCCUUCUCUCCAUUCUUAAGUUUUCAUUAUUUUUUUAUUAUUAUUAUUAUUAUUAUUAUAUAAUAGGAAUAGUAUUCCUAAUUAAGCCGACUAUAGUCUCUUUUCCUUUCUAAUCCAUCCUCCACAUAGUUGCCAAAAUAAUCUUUCUUAGGCAUAAGUCUAAUUAUUUCACUCCCUUGCUCAAAAACUUUGAGAGGCUUCAUUGUUGAUUAUAGAAUCAAAUGUACUUCUUUCACUUGACAUUUAAAACUUUAGAUAAUCUUAUGUAAUCUUAUUACCUUUGUAAUCAUCUCAUAUUCUUCUCCUUUAUGAAAUUCUGUGUUCAAGACAGUCUUGAUUUGAUAUUCCUACUUUCAGUUGAAUAUAUUUACAACUAGCUGUUUCCCCUCCCCACACAUACACAUACACACCCUACUUUUAUGUAAACUCUGCCUUUCAGAAAUUUUUUUUUUUAAAGUUCAACCCAGAUGCCACUCCUUUUCAACACUUGCCUGAUUUCCCCUUCUUCCUCUUUCAUGUCUACUUCUUACUGUUUUAUAUAGUUUUCCUUGGCACUUGCUGUUAUCCCCUAGACUAUAAACUUCUCUAAGCCAGAGAUUCGUUUAUUUUUUCCUUUUUUUUCCCCAGCAUCUAACACAAUGCCUUGCACAUAGUAAAUAUACUCAUAAGACGCAACAGGUAGCAUAGUGGAUAGAGUGCUGUGCUUACAAUCAGGAAAAUCUGAGUUCAUAUUUAGCCUUAAACACUUGCUAGUUCAGUGAAAGUCCACUUAAGUAGACAAGCCACUUAGAAUUCUGUUGGCCUCAGUUUCUUCAACUAUAAAAUAAGGAGAGAAAAUAAUUGUAUCUGCCUCAUAGAGCUGUGAGAAUCGAAUGAUAUAUUUCUAAAAAGCACUUAGCUCAGUGCCUGACCCACAGUAGGGGCUACAUAAAUGUUUAUUUCCUUUUCCCUCUCCUUUCAUGAAAUUUAAUUGAAUUUUAUAUCUUUAGUAAGUUACUAACCUUUGAGUUCUUAUAAAAGGACCCUUUGGUCCUUAUAAAAUUGUGAUCCUUCAUUACCCCCAGAGCCAUUUAACUUUAAAAAAAAAAACCAAACAUUUAUGUACCAUAAGUUUAGAGUAGAUCUGACUUCUGCCCUCAAGGAGGGUUCAAUUUAAUGUAGUUAUAGCAUAUAAAACAAAUAAUUAGAUUAUAAAAUAAUUAGGAAACUAAGUGGGAGAAGAAGGUCCCAGAUGAGGUUCUAGGAAGAAAAUGUUGCCUAGGAAAGUUCUAGGAAGAAAAUGUACACCAUAGAUGGAAAAAAAGUAAGCUUCAACUAUAACCUCAAGUUUGGGAACCUAAAAGAUGAUAGAGAUACAAACAUAUUUAGCAAGGAGGGUUUCUACAUGAAGUAGCUUUUUAUUUUAAUAAUACAGUGAUCCCUCACCUAGCAUGCGAGUUACAUUCCAGACAUCCCCUGCAAUGGGUGAAAAUUCAUGAAGUCACGGGAGAGCAAACAGACUGAGCCAGUCAGCACCCAUGAUACAGAACACAGUGCUGUGGUCAGUCAUCUUUCAUCAGCCAAUAGUGUGCCAUGUACAAUCUUACGUUGGCAAACUUGUGCAAGUGGUAGUGGCAUACUGCAUUUCCAUUGUGUGCAGUAUGGUAUUCAUCUGCAAAAUCUCAUGAUAUAGUGAAAACUCUACCAUACAGAAUUAGAUAUAUCUUUUUUUAAAACCCCAUGAUACAGCGAAGCCACAAUAACUGAAUUGUGAUAUAGCAAGGGAAUACUGUAGCUUUUAAAGGCUAUGUAGGAAUUCAGUAGGCACUGAGGAAAGAGAAAACAUCAGACAGAGAACAAUAAUGUGAGCAAGGCCCUGAAAAAUUGAAAGACAGGUGUGGUUUGGCCUAAGUAUAUAAUAAUAUACAGAAAGAUUAAUAAUAUAAAGCUGAGAAAGAGUGGGAAGGAACUUCAGAGGGUCUUAAAUAUCAAGCAGUAGGGAAUUUCAGGAGGUUUUUGAGAAGAGGAGCAACAUCAUCAUCAUCAUCAUUGCACUUUAAGGUUUACAAAGCACUUUACAAAUAUUAUCUCAUUUGAUCCUCGCAAUAACUCUGGGAAGUAGAUGUUGCUAUUAUCUCCAUUUUAUAGAUGAGGAAAUACAGAUGGGAGCUAAGUGACUUGCCUCAGGUCACACAAUCAGUAGUAAGCACCUGAAACUGAAUUUGAGCUUAGGCCUUUCUAAUUUGAGGUUCAGUGAUUGGUUCACUGAACUACUUUUCUUUCCUACCAGAGAAGGAAUAGUAAAAGAAUUAGGAGAACCAGGAAAAUAUGGUGUUUCUAAUAUGAGGGAAGAAAAAUAUCCAGUAGGUAAGAAUGGACUUUGGUAUCAGAAGCUCCAGAGGGAUCAAAGGGAAUAAGGACUGAAGAAUGACCUCUUGGAUUGGUAAUUAGAAGGCUAAUGGUGACUUUUGAGAGUGGUUUCAGGUGACCAGGUAACCAAACUUUUAAUGGAUUGAAUGGCAAAUGAAGUGAGGCAAUGGAGUCAUCAGGUAUGGACAGUUGCUACAAGGAGUUCAGCUCUGAAGGGGAAGAGAGGAUAGUAAUUGAAUGAGUUGGAAAAGUUAAAGGGUUGCUUUAAGAUAAAAAUAAAAGGGGGCAGCUAGGUGACUCACUGGAUUGAGAGCCAGGCCCAGAGAUGGGAGGUCCUGGGUUCAAAUUUGACCUCAUACACUUCCUAUCUGUGUGACCCUAGAAGUUUCACUUUACCCCAGUUGCCUAGCCCUUACCAUUCUUCUGCCUUAGAACCAAUACACAGUAUUGAUUCUAAGAUGGAAGGUAAGAAUUAAAAAAUAAAAAUAAAAACUGGGAAGACUUAAUGUUCCUAAGUAGUUAAGAAAGGAGCCGGUGGAGAAUGAAGACUGAUAAUAAAGUUAGGACUAGAAGUAGGGAAGAAGAAUGAUUACCAUGCCGGUGAAACUUGGAAAAAAAGAGGAAAUGGGAUUGAGGAACAGGAGAGUUGGGAAAUAAGUUUGAAAUUUUCUGAAGAAUGGAAAAAAUACUAAGGCCAUCAUGUAAUAUGGCCUCAUUAGUUCAGUGAAGUAGGAAGUUAAAUGAGAUGCUAUAAAUGAGGAAGAGGACAAGAGGAAAGAGACUGGGAACAGAAGUAGGAAAUGAAGAAAUUAAUAAGGGUAGAUUUGGAUUGUUAGGUAGUGAGUGGUAAGGGCCAACUAAGGUUGUAUAACAUUAUUGUGGUGAAUAAAAUCAGGUUUUGUAAAUAUUUUUUUCCCUUCCAUUGAUACUCAAUAGCCCUAGAAUAAGAAUGGAGAGAAUAAGUAAUCAGGUUCUUCUAGGGAUGAGGAAUCAGGUUGAGAAUGGUAAAGAUUUGAGGAUAAAUAGGGCAGGAAAAAAGAGAAAAGUCAUUCUUAAAUAGGCCAAUGGAGUCUAGUUAUUGAGGGAGACAUAGUAGAGCCAGAGAGAGUUAUUGUUCAUUCAUUUCAGUCAUGUCUGAAUUUUCAUGACCUUAUUUGGGUUAUUCUUGGCAAAGGUACUGGAGUGAUUUGCCAUUUCCUUUUCCAGUAGAUUAAGGGAAACAGAGAAAUGACUUGCACAGGGUCAAACAGCCAGGGAAUAUCUUCUAAGAAGACAUUCCUCAUCCAGGAAGAUGAGUCUUCCUGAUCCCAGACCUGGUACUCAACCCUCUAUGCCACCUAGCUGCCCAUGGAGAAUUAAGAUAAGGUUAAAUUCUGAUCAGAGGUAAAUAUAGGGAGCAGCUGGGUAGCUCAGUGGAUUGAGAGCUAGGUCUAGAGAUGGGAGGACCUGAGUUCAAAUUUGACUUCAGACACUUCCUAGUUGUGUGACCUUAGAGAGAAGAAUAUAAAUUGAUAGUCUUCUCCCCCAACAGUGGCAUCCCUCAUGGCCUUUGGCAUCAGGUACAUUGGGCAGGCUCUGACUUGCUAUGCCUUACCAAGUCCUAUGAGAGGACCAAUUUAGAGAUAAAUGAGUUACCUGAGAAGAGCUUCUGGAAGCAAAUUUAUUAUUAUUUUCUGCUGUUGUUUUCAUUGUUAUUCUUGCAAAAGUAAAAAUGUCCAUAAUGAUCACUUGAAGUAAUAAUAGAGUCAAAUGACAGAUACUACUUUUUUUUUUUCCAGGAGCUUUGAAGUAACAUUUCCUAAAGGAAAAGUCAAACCUAUUAGAAGUAAUUGUGAAAACCCUUUGACUAUUUUUAUCUAUCUACAUUAACUUUUUCCCCCACUGAGCAAUAUUGAAACUGCCUGCUUAUAUUUUUAUUUACUGCAAAAAGUAACAUUACCAAAUAUUAUAAGAAGACCCUAUCCAGUGUUCAUUGGCCCAGUGGCAUUGGAAAAUUCAUAUUUUCUUAAGCUAAUUAUUAACUGUCAUAUUUAUUGUAUGAAUUUCUGUUGACGGAUUUCUAUCCUACAUGUUGAGAAUAAAUAUAAUGGAUCUUGAUAGAAGGAAGCCUGUGGCAUUUUAAGUCUUUUAAAAAUGUUUUCUAUUAAAAGAUCUCAGUGUGGUGAAGACCAGUUGAACUUUGUCCAACAUAAAUCAAUCUAAAACUUCCAACAGGAGUUCUAGGUUAUGUAAUAUCUACUUUUCUUAUUAGUUUUGUAUUUUAUUUUUCUUUAUUCCUUUAAAAAUGAAUGAUGUUAUUCCUGUUGUGUUGUUUUCAGAUGUAAUUUUAAGUUUCUGUCCCCAAAGUAUCACAAGUACUGAGUCAGAAGUGGCUCCAUCCUUGCAUUUCAAAGUCAUGUUUAAUGGCCUCAAUUUCCUCAUUGGUAAAAUGAAAGGGUUGGAGUAUGGUUUUCUCUAGUUUUUGCCAUUCUAUGAGUUUUUUUUAUUAGUGCAUAGGUUGAUAAUAUGCAUUCUUAUUUCCAUAUUUUAAAUUGAAUUGUAGUUCAAACCUAAUUUUGAAAUGUAUACAUUGUUUCAUAACUUUAGACCAUCUGUUGGUAGACAACCUGCUAUAUAGAUUGACUUUUCUCAGACUUCCUGCAGAAUAUAUAAUGAAUGAUCAGUUUAGAAAUCUGCCUUGCCAGAUUAUUAUUAUUGGCAACUGGCAUAAUAUCCCAUUAAUUAGUUUUAAUAGCUAAAAAGAACUAUUGAACAAGAAAUUACUUAAUCACAGUAAAAAUGCAGACAUUUAUUUGAAAGGGUCAAAAGAAUAUCGUAGCCCAUUAGUUUUAAUUUCCAAAAAGACUUAUUGAACAACAAAUUACUUCUUCAUCUUAGUGAAAAUGUAGACAGACAUUUAUUUGAAAAGGUCAAAAGAACCAAAGCUCAAGGAUCAGAGUGCUAACUUUACUCCAAGAACACAAGAUUCUCAAGAUGACAUUUGUGAAAUUCCAACCAGUUACAAGAAUGUGUGGCUUGGAAAUUGCUGGAGACUUGAUGGGUCUCCUGAUCAAAACAAUUGACCUUAAGAUUUGAUUAUUUUAAGAACUAGUGGCACAAAAGAGACAAUAACAUGUUUAGUGGUUACAAUGUCAAAAGAAAAGGAUAAGUCCUUUAGUCAGUAAGUAAUGAAUCUUUUGCACCGUUCCUCAUGUUUUUGAUGACAGAGUUGUUCAAAGUGGCUCCUUGCCAUGUGAGGCAAGCGAGCUAAAUUGUACUCUCUAAUAUAUGUACUCAAUAGUAUAAAGCAUAAUAAUGUCUGAAUGAAGGAUCUUAACCUAAGGGAAAUGUUUCCCUGUUUGGAAGAGGAAAAACUCAAGUUUUGCCUUAUUUUAGUAUCAGAGCAUCUUAAAUGCAUUUUCUUAAUAGACAGUUUUGAAGUUUAAAAUUUCCUCAUUUUGAUAGCCAUUUGUUUUCUGCUUUAUUU